AUGAGCUCUCCCCCGAGGAGGCAGCGCACCUCAAGUGAAACUGAUCCCUAUUCUGCCGCACAUAUCUACUAUGCAGAACCUCCUCCACACAGGGCGAAGAACCACACCAGGACACAAACAUUCUCCUCCAGCUCUGCGUCCCACAGCCGCCUUAUCAACGAGAGCAGGACGCCACGGAGACGCGGUAGCCAUGAUGAAAUGACAGGAGUCGGCCGAAAGUUCAAGAUCGACGUAGAUGCCACCUUAAAGGCUCUCUCAGAACAGGAGGACACGGAUGGGAACAUGCAAAUUACAAUUGAAGACAGUGGACCAAAAGUUAUGACGCUUGGCACAGCUGCCUCGAACGGAUACAAUAAGGUCGAAAUCCGUGGGACAUAUAUGCUAUCUAAUCUUCUUCAAGAACUUCAUCUUGCACGGGAGUAUGGCCGCCAGACGAUUGUUCUUGACGAAGCACGUCUUAACGAAAACCCUGUCAACCGUCUCUCGAGACUCAUCAAGGACUCCUUUUGGGAUGGUCUUACUCGGCGUAUCGACGGGUCUGCAAUCGAGGUUGCUGGGCGUGAUCCAAAGGAUUGGACAAAUGAUCCACGUCCUCGGAUAUAUAUCCCUCGUGGAUGUCCAGAGCAAUAUGAAUACUAUAAGCAAGUGGCCAUCGACCGUCCAGAAAUAAGACUUGAUGUCUGCUUGUUGCCGGAAAAGAUCACACCCGAGAGUGUCAAGGAAAUGAAUGCAAAGCCUGGCCUUCUAGCGCUUGCGAUGGAAGAGGUCGUGGACCCCAGCACAGGCGCUAAGACCCUCAAAGGUUUGCCUUUCGUUGUUCCUGGGGGUAGAUUCAAUGAGUUCUAUGGCUGGGACUCAUAUAUGGAAUCUCUUGGCUUGCUUGUCAAUGGCAAAGUCCACCUGGCCAAGUCAAUGGUGCAGAACUUCUGCUUCUGCAUCGAGCAUUAUGGGAAGAUUCUCAACGCCACAAGAUCAUACUACCUCUGCCGUUCCCAACCCCCAUUCCUUACCGACAUGGCCUUGCGAGUUUAUUAUGAGAUUCGUAAUGAACACGGUGCCUCUGAGUUCCUCCGAACUGCUAUUUUAGCCGCAAUAAAGGAAUAUCACAGUGUUUGGAUGGCUGAACCUCGAUAUGAUCCUGAGACUGGUCUUUCCCGCUAUCGUCCAGAAGGUAUAGGUAUACCCCCUGAGACAGAGCCGACCCACUUCACUCAUAUUCUAGAGCCUUAUGCCAAGAAGCAUGGUGUCUCUUUCGAAAGUUUCGUUGAGGGUUACAAUGCAGGCACAAUCAAGGAGCCUGAACUUGACGAGUAUUUCCUACACGACCGUGCAGUACGAGAGUCAGGACAUGAUACUUCUUACCGUCUCGAGAAGCGUUGUGCCAACCUGGCAACGAUUGAUCUCAACUCCCUGCUGUACAAGUAUGAGAAAGAUAUUGGAUUUGUCAUUAGACGCAUCUUCAAUGAUAAAUUUCCUAUUCCUCCAGAAUUCUGCGCCGGGUCAAUGGUGCCUGGCCAGCUUGAGACAUCGUCAGUAUGGGACCGUCGAGCCAAGCGGCGCAGAAUGGCUAUUGACAAGUACCUCUGGAACGCAGAGAAGGGCAUGUACUUUGACUACGACACCGUCAAAAAGGAGCAGUCAGACUAUGAAAGCUGUACUACGUUCUGGGCAAUGUGGGCAGGUGUCUCGACUCCUAGCCAAGCUGCCACGAUGGUCGAGAAAGCGCUUCCAUUAUUCGAGGCCGCGGGGGGAUUGGUCUCUGGAACCGAGAAGUCUCGGGGAGAGAUCUCAUUGGAUCGUCCGAACAGACAGUGGGAUUACCCAUACGGAUGGGCGCCGCAACAGAUCCUCGCUUGGACAGGUCUGCAGCGCUACAAGUACAAUGAAGAGGCUGAGCGGCUUGCUUACAAGUGGUUGUUCAUGAUGACCAAGGCCUUCGUCGACUUCAAUGGUGUUGUUGUCGAGAAGUAUGAUGUCACGAGACUGGUAGAUCCGCAUCGAGUUGAUGCUGAAUAUGGAAACCAGGGCUUGGACUUCAAGGGUGUCGCCAAGGAGGGAUUUGGAUGGGUCAAUGCCAGCUAUGUUUAUGGUCUCCAGAUUACUAACGCGCAUAUGCGGAGAGCCCUGGGCACGCUGACUCCAUACGAGCAAUAUGCGAAAGCCACUUCCCACGGAGCCACCCCGGACUUCUUCUAA